AUGACAGAAAUUGGCCGCAUCACCCUGCCUGAAGCAUUAUCCUGCCUUCACUCAUUCAUCACACUGAAAAAUAUCCGUACGUUAUUGCGCGUCACCCUUUUAUUUUGGCAUUACUGUUACCAAGCAAAUUCAUCACCAUCUGUCGUUGCACCUGUCAGCAUGCCAUCCCCCACAUCCCCCACAUCCCCCAAAGUUGCAUAUCCAAUCGACACCUCAACAUUUUCUCCCUCUGCAAGUCCCCAUACCACACAAUUAUUCCAGAUGAUUAACAAUAUCACCUCGAAGCAUCGUGACUGUAGCAUCCAAUGCUAA